AUGCCCAAGAAGCCCGCAAAUAGGGCCGUCAAACGGCAGAGGGAGGCCGAGGAGGGCUUCAGCAAUUGCCGCUACCAUCUCGACCCGUACAACGGCGGCGAAGCCAUCACUUUCGCCAAAACCAGCCCACUGGAGAACACUCCUCUGACAAGCUCAAGGCCCAUCUUCAGUUGGGAAGAGCACAACUUUGCCUUUCAAGCUGCAACACGCAUCAGAUCCAUUCGCUUUGAAGCGACCUUCAACGUACAGGAUCAUCAUCUAGAUACGAUCGUCAACCUCGGCCGGCAGUUUGGUAAUGACCUAGAGGACUUCCAUGUUGGAUCGUGCGAGCUCGGUACCGCAAGCAUCACCGACUGUCCUGCGACCCGUUUUGCGAGCGCCUGUCCGAACCUGCAGGUCAGCUUCGAAGGUGCUUCGGCACUCUCGGACGCAACCUUGAGCGAAUUUGUCAACGAUUGCCCUAACCUGCGGUAUAUCAACAUCUCCGGGAGCACAACAUGCCUGGGUCGUAUCCAGGGCGGGUCAUGGAUACAACAGAAGAGAGAUCCCUCGUUCGGUCAAAAUCUCCAGAAGAUGACGCUAUACUACCAGGGCCCGUUGAAGUUCCCUACGAUACAGAUGUUUACAAAGUUCAAACCCAGCAUUGAGAUCCGCGUGGGUACCCCGUCUCACAACGACUUGAAAAUCUUCUGGUCCGGGAGUGAAGUCCACGAAGAUGCACAGAAUGAUGGCGAAGAGCCAUCACGGCCAGGCAGUGACUCUCCGAGUGGCACGGAAAAUCGCAGAGGCAGACUCAACAAGGUGGAGUUUUCUGAUGAUGGGCAGCUAGAGGAGUAA